AUGCUUCAAGUAUAUACACUCACAGGUAACUCUCUUGCAGGACUGAGUGUGGGUGCCAGGAACCCAGUGCUGAAAGGGGUCCUCUCUAAACCCACACUCAGAGCUGUGCCAAGUAAUGUGGUAACCACUGGGGAGCAGGUAACUCUAAUUUGUGAAGGACCCUUAGAUGCCCAGGAAUACAAGCUCUAUAAAGAAGGAAAUCCAGAUUUCCAGAUACCAACAGCUUAUGAAGACACUGAAAAAAUAAACAAGUCCAUUAUCUCAUCUAUUAGAAGUCAUGACGCAGGACACUAUUGGUGUUAUUAUAAGAGCCCUAAUGGCAUAUCAGAACACAGUGACACCCUGGAGCUGGUGGUGACAGGUGUCUACUCCAGCAAAGUCACCCUUUCAUCCCUGCCCAGCCCUGUUGUGACCUCAGGAGGUUAUGUGACUCUUCAGUGCUCCUCACAAGAGGAAUAUAACAGUUUCAUUCUAGUGAAGGAAGAUCAAAAUUUUUCUAUGCCCAGGGCCUCACAGAACACAUACACUGGUGUAUUCCAGGCCCUGUUCACAGUGGGUCCUGUGUCUCGAAAACAGAGAUGGAGAUUCACAUGUUAUGGCUAUUACUCCAACAGCUCACAGCUGUGGUCAGUACCCAGUAACAGCCUAGAACUCCUGGUCUCAGGGACCCUCCACAAACCCACCAUCUGGGCUGAGCCAGGCACUCUGAUCACAUCAGAGAGUGCUGUUACCAUCUGGUGUGGAGGGACCCAAGGAGUCUAUCCCAGCCAAGUCUCCUUGUCAGCCCAGCAUAGCCCUGUGGUGACCUCAGGAGGGUAUGUGACCCUUAAGUGUUCCUCGCAGCAUGCCUAUAACAGGUUCAUUCUAAUUACGGAAGACGAGGAAUUCUCCAGGCACAUGGACUCACAGGAGAGAUACUACAGACACUCCUGGGCCCUGUUCACUGUGGGUCCUGUGAAUCCCCAAAAGAGAUGGAUUUUCACAUGCUAUGGCUAUUACUGGAACCGCCCCCAGCUGUGGUCAGUACCCAGUAACCACCUAGAGCUCCUAGUAUCAGGGACCCUCCACAAACCCGCCAUCUGGGCUGAGCCAGGCACUCUGAUCACAUUAGCGAGUACUGUCACCAUCUGGUGUGAGGGGUCCAGAGAAACCCAAAUGUAUGUGCUACAUAAAGAGGGAGACCAAGAAUCAGGGGACAGACAGACCCAAAAGAAUGACAACAAUAAGGCAAAAUUCACCAUCCCAUCUGUGACAAUGCUGCAUGCAGGGAAAUAUCACUGUUACUCCUACACCUCUGCUGGGUGGUCAGAGCACAGUGACACCCUGGAGCUGGUGGUGACAGGUGAACGCAUAUGA